AAUGGCGUAAACAGUGCCAAACUCUACGCGCGACGUGCGCGCAUUCACGAGGCGCUAAAUAAUUACGAUGACGCUUUAAGGGAUAUUCAGAAAGCAUCGGAAAUGGAUGGUUCAUAUCAGAGAGAGUUUCAACGCACUAAAGCGAGUUCAAAGAAGGCAAUGCGCAAGGAUUACUAUAAAAUUCUUGACCUACCGCCCAACGAGAGCGAUGAUGCUCAGAUUAAACGGGCGUAUAAGAAAGCAUGUCUACGGUGGCAUCCAGAUAAAUGGGCCAAUGCUGGUCCGGAGGAAAAAACACACGCCGAAAAGAUGUUCAAGGAUGUGGGUGAGGCCUUCUCCAUCCUCUCGGACGCAAAGAAAAAGCGCAUGUACGACAAUGGGAUGAUUGACAACGCGGUUGAGGGGGCUGGUGAAUCCGGCUUUUCAGGGUUUCCGGGGCAAGAUGAAGCCUUAAUGGAGAUGAUGAACAGAAUGUUUUUUACUGGUGGAGGCAUGUCGGGGGGAUUUGGAUUUAACGGCUUUCCCCAGGGUCGUCGUCAGCAGUAUCAGCAGAGCUACACGUUUCAGUUUUUCUAG